AGCAUGGUUUGAUGUACAUGGCUGGGAAAGAUGAGGGCAGUGAACCUGGUGCUGGAUCAGUCCACUCUUCCCCUACCUCCAUUUGGCAGCAGCUCCUGGCACGUGUGUUCUGAGUCAGCACAGCCCAAGGGUGAAUCCCCUGGCACUGGCCAAGUCAACCACGGAGCAAUAAACCUUUUUCCACCCCCAGCAAUUUCCUGGUCCGUGAAACUGCCCCCACUUCACUGGGGCAGAAAAUUGGGCCACGCAAGAGAAGCCCAUGGAGGCAAAGCUGGGGAAGGGAAUUGCCAUGGAAGCAAACAAAGGUCAGUGUUACUAUGUGCUACAGGAUUCAAAAUAUCAAAAAUCCCUAGCACAUAAAUACCCAAAUCAUUAAUUUCUAUAUAAAUAUUGGGCCAAGUGCCUCCCUGGUAUAAGUGCAGCAUUUGUAAGGCAGCAAGGAUGGGUUUAAUCCAGUGAGUUUAGAUUCUCCAUUAUUUAUACCAGAUGCUUGGGGUUUUGUUUUCCUUAAUGGAUAAUAAGGGUCAUCCCAAACAGAGUUGUUACUUUGCUUGGGUUUCAUUGAAAGAGACACUACUAAAGGGAGAGGAAAUCCCCAAAAUGAUACUUGGUGAUUAAGUACAUAGAAUAUAGGAUUUCAGUGUUUGCAAAUCCUUUUUUUCAAAUGAACUUGUGGCACUAAUCCUCUAAUGGCAUUAUUUCUUUGGAAUAUAUGCCGGAUUAAGGAGUCACAAUGAGGCAAAGUACAAAAAUCCACAUUAAUCUCUCACUGAUGGAUGCUGUGUGGGAUGCAACUUUAACUAUUUUGUUCCAAAAUUGGUUCUGUUCCUAACCUUGCCCUAGGCCUAGACAGAGGGCAGAGUGGAUAUAAACAAGUGUGACACUGAGCACCCGGCAGAUGGUCACAGACCAUUUAACUGGAUAGAGAGGGGAAGGCAUUUAUUAUUUUUAAACUCCAAAAGCUCAGCCUGCCCCACGCUGCCCGUGACGUGCUGCAGGAAGCAGACACAGGUCUGGGAGGCAGGAGCAGGACACCUGCUCAGAAGUGUGUCACAGAGGAGACAGACACAGCAGAUAACAGGGCCUGGCUGAGCUUGGCUGUCGUGAUAGAUCAUGUGUUACAGCACAGCCUGGGCCUGUGGCAAAGCACUGCUCGUGUUUGCAGCCCAGUGCAGCCACCUCACUCUCAUUAACUGCUUUGUUUUGGGAUAACCCUCUUGUCCCCUCUUCCCUCACAGCUGUUGUAAAAAAGGUAAAGGUUUGCCUUCUACGAACAGGAGACACUGUGAAACUGCAUUUCCCUUCUCACUGAUUUACAGGCAGCCUGUGAGGGAUUGUCACUGUCACUCAACAGCCUCCAGUGAUGAAAGAGUUUCUGCAUGGGCAGCACAUCACCUGGAACACUGAUGUCAGAUUGUGCGAGUUAUCCCAGCCCAACCACUGUAAUUGGUGCUUAACCUGCUUAAGGAUUUCCCCAGUUUCAGGGAAUAGAGGUUAUCAAAUAUUCCCAUUCCACAUUCUCAUUGAAUUGCAGUGGGCACUGAAUGUCUUGGGCCAGAAGAACCCGGCACGUGUUCAAAAAUACAGGUUGCUUUGUCCCUGCUUCAUCCUUGGUCACUCCGUUGUUAAGCACAAGUAAAGAGCUGCCAAAUCCAACAAGUUCUUUACUGACACAAGUGAUUGGGAUUUUCCAUAGUCUGUAUAGCUGAGGUGCCUGAAUUUAUGAAGUUAAAUAGCACACAGGGAGUGAUCCUUCCCAGUGGAUACAGGUCUGUAGUGAGAUACUAGUUUCAGAAACUGGGACAGGACAGUCACUGCUGGUGUCAGAAAACCCUAAAACCAGCUUGGAGAUCCUUUCUGUUCAGGAACAGAAAUGUGCCCUCCAGUCACGUAGGGAAAGAUGGUUGAUCACAGUGGGUUUGUGCAUUUUUCCCUGGUGUAAAUGUUUCCCAGUGUGACACUUCUCAUGGGCAUGAUGUUCACUCUUAAGUUUUUCUAUUCUUAAUCUUAUCCUUUGGGUCCUUGUGCCUUAUUCCACCCUGUGGGAAUCAUUAGUGCAUUGACACACUGAGUCAGGCCUGUCCUCAGCUGCUUGCAAUGGAAUCAUUAGUUUUGUUUACCAGCUUUAUCAUUCCCCACCAAAAUCACUCCAGUUCCCAUAUGUCUUUAGCGUGCCCAUAUCCAUGGAUGGCCUCUUGUGUUUAAGGAAGUAUAAAUUAUAUUGCAACAGGUGCAGACACAGGUGAGCAGGAAAUGAUAAGGGAAGUUGAGAAUUUGCCAUAUGAGGGGAGAUAAGAAGAGUUUGGCUGGUUUAGCCCACAAAAGGGAAGACCUCAUAGAUUGAAAAGGAUUAUCAAGGCUAAAGAGAUUCAGCAUAAAUGGCCAUUUUAUGGUUAAGAUAGGAAUUGUAAGGUUCUCCAUCAUGGAAAUCAGACUUCAGGGCAGACAGACAAAAAAAGAUAUAAUGAAGUUUGAGGCAAUAUAGGGUGUGUCCAAUGAUUGCAUUGUAAUGUUGUAUCAUGAUGUUGCCCAUAAGCAGAUUGCAGUGGAUGAUGCAGUGUGACCUCCUCUCCUGUCUCCUGUUGCCCCAAAAUGAACAGGAGUGCCCUGGUCCUCUGUAUCCCUUUUCCUUACUGAACUGUGCAACAUCCUGCUGACAGUAGGGCUCUGCUCAGCCUCCAGCACUAUUUCUGACCACUAUGGACAAAAGGGGUGGGAAAACAAAGAGCUUUUCUUAAGGUAGUCUUGUAACCUGAUCUAUAGGGUGACUCAGCCCCUUCUAACAACAGCUGUCUCAGGGAGGUGCAGUGGUUUGGGUGCAGCAUCGAGGGCUGUGCUGCCACUUCCUGAUUUCUGCCUUGAGAGUGAUCUGAGCUGGGACAUGAUCAGAGAAUUUACAUGGACUUCUCCACCCUCUCCAGAAAAGAGAGGCCAGGGACAGCAGCCUGACUUUUGGAUACUGUGCAAAGGAAUAGAGGCAUUGGGGAAGAGCCCACACACAGCUUGUGCAGAGCUGCUGCUGUCAAACUGAUGAAGGCAGAAACUUGUGAGAGAAAACUACUUGCAAAGUUCCUCUUAAGGAGAGGAGUGGGGUUUUGUUUGCGUGUCAUGGCUCACCUCUCCUGCAAGCCCUGAAAGUGCUGUGAAACGUGAAAGGGAUCCUCAGGAGAACCAAUGGAGAAGACAGAUGACAUGCUGAACUGCCAGGAUAAGCAGGAAGAGGACACCCCAAAGAGUUCCCCGUUUGACUUUGUUAUAAAACAGUUCCAAGGAAAGAGCUGUGCUCCUGAAAAAAGGGAAGAGCAGCCUUCAGCCAUCAAAAAAUUCUUCAGGGGCUUUGACUUUGGGAAAUCUGAAGGCAAGGACAGAAGGGAAAUUGAAGAAAAAGAAAUAAACAACUCUGGAGCUGAUGAUCAGAGUGAGAAGGAAGAUGUCUCUGUAGAAGAUGGACACUCACAUCUCAUUUCUGAAGCGGAGUCCCCAUCUGGUGAGCAGAGAUUUAACCAGUUCAUGCAGAAACUGGGAAAGAAACCCAACAGCAAGAAUCUUGAUCUAAAUAAUUGUACAUUAAGUGAAGAAGAUGUAACAGAGCUGGCUUCUUUACUGCCAUUUCUCCCAGAGCUGGAAGAGAUCAGCCUGUCCUGGAAUGGUUGUGUUGGUGGGACUUUGAAAGCUCUCACUGUCCAUCUUCAUCAUGUGAACCUGUUAAAAGUCCUUCGACUUAACAACUGCAGGCUGACAGCUGAGGAUGUCAUCUCCUUAGGAGAGGCAUUUGAAAUUGUUUCUCAGCUUGAAGAACUGGAUUUGUCGUGGAACAGUAACAUAGGUGGAAAACUAUCGCUGCUAACAAAAAAAUUCCAGAAAGGAUGCAAGUUAAAAUGUCUGAAAAUUACAGACUGUAACCUGACUGCAAAGGAUGGGGAAUCCCUUGCUGAAUUUCUAAAUGUGAUCCCAAACCUUGAAGUAUUAGAUCUCUCUAUCAACAAACACAUCGGCUGCAGCAUGAAGGUUAUGGCUCAGGAUCUGAAAAACGUGCCAGGCUUGAAAGAGUUAAACUUGCACAUGUGUGGAUUAAAGCAAGACAGCCUCCAGGGCUUAGACACUGCUUUGCAGCACCUCACAGAGCUGAGGAAAUUAGACAUAUCGUGUAACAGAGAGAUUGGCGGUGGCUUUAAAGACUCAACAGCUCAUUUGGCCAGCUUGAAAAAUCUGGAAGUCCUUGAUCUUCACCAGUGCUGUGUCACAGAAGAGGACAUGACCGUUUUGUCCCAGGUGAUACCUUUACUCUCCAGUCUUCAAGAGCUGAAUUUAUCCUCGAAUAAAAGUGUAGGAGUCUCAUCUGAUCCUCUUCUGGGCCGGCUCAGGUUUUUGCCGAAGCUGAAAUCUGUGGCCAUCAGCAACUGUGGUUUAGGUGAAGAGUCGCUUUCAUCACUAGCUGAAGCUGCCCUUCACCUUCCUGAACUGGAGAUAUUAGACCUUUCUUGGAAUAAGUGCGUUGGUGGGAACCUAAAGCUGCUUUUGGGAGCACUAAAGCUUGCAGCGGAGAUUCAAGUGUUAAGACUGAGCAGCUGUAACUUGGUGGCUGAAGAUUUGGCACUUCUAACAUCACUGACACAGGAUGGCCAUCUCUCCAGAUUGCAGAAGCUGGAUUUGAGUUACAAUGACAGCAUCUCUGAUGAAGGGUGGGCUGUUUUCUGCCAAGGUUUAGCAGUAUCCAAGGAACUCUCGGAGCUGGAUCUCAGCCUCCGCCCGUCGUCCUGCCGGGACUGCGGGACGUGGUUCAGUGAGUUGUUGGCAGCACUGGCACAGCUCCCUGCCCUGGCAGAGCUGGGCAUGCAGAGAUGGGUCCUUUCAGAACCCCAGAGGAAACAACUGGAAAACUUUAAUCACGACAACAAAAGAAACAUUCGCUUUGACUGUUGAUGGAGGCGGAAGGUUUCUGGGAGGCCUUUCAUGAGCAGCACAUGGA